AUGAGCAGAAUCGGUGGUUGGCUACGGGGCUCGAGCGCCAAGACAAGCGCAAAGGCGAGCCUCAAUGCCAGUCCAGCCGGGUCGAUGACUGAUCUACGCGCCGCUGAGAUUGCGCUCAUGCAGGAUGCCAUGACCAGCGCCGCUAAGAUCAUGAAUGAUGACAUUGAGGGAGCCGAGGAAGAUCUCAGGAAGGGGAGCUCCGCCUUCCAUGCCCUCGGUCUUGGCAUCACCACUUUCAUGCGCAGUGUGCUCGGUUUCGAGAAGGAGAUCAUGGCAGAGGCGAGCAAGAAGUUGAGCGAAUGCGAGACACUCUCGUGGAACGAACAGAAGAAGGCCGAGAAGGCGGGAGUAGGUGACAAGAUCUACCCGGCCGGCAGCGAAUAUGCUCUGGUUUAUGCAGAGGCCCAGCUCAUGAGUGCCAUGGUCGCCGUGCUGCACGAGAGCUACCUCGAAGCUGCCAAAGGAUUUUGGGGAUUACGAGGUGCAUAUGCCACGCUCGACAGGAUGAUGCAAGCUGAAGAGGCGUUUUUGAAGAAGAGAGGGUUGCAAUUAGGUGGUAGCAAGGACAAGUUGCCGCCAGCCCGAACAUUGGAACAAGAGGGUAUAAAGCCAGCUGCAGUGGACGACGAAGAUGCCGACCUUGAGUUUGUGGAAGCACCAGAUCACCAAUCUGGGACAGCGACGCCAUUACAGUACGAAGGACAUUUGAGUAGUGGAGCUGAUGAUGCAGAAAAGAAGCUGGCAGGUUUGGCAAUUGACGAAAAGUCGAAUGUGGCCGAAGCGAAGGAGCAACAAGACCUCUCUGCUUCACAGGUCCUACCGCUGGAAGGACCUGAGGCCGAAAUCUUUACUGAUCCAGUCGACGAGUUCGUCCACAGUGGUGCAAACAUGUGCUUCGGCAUACUACUUCUCAUGAUCUCAAUGAUUCCGCCAUCCUUUGCGAAGCUAUUAAGCAUCAUUGGUUUCAGAGGCGACCGGGAACGUGGCGUGAGGAUGUUAUGGCAAAGCUCGCGAUUCAACAACAUCAAUGGAGCCGUCGCCGGACUUGUGCUACUAGCCUACUACAACGGUCUACUUGGUUUCGCCGACAUAUUGCCAUCAGAAGAUGAGGCGGAAAAGGGUGCGAUAGUGGGAUACCCGAAGCAACGGUGCCGAGACCUUUUGGCAAGAAUGGUCAAGUCAUAUCCCGAAUCCAGACUAUGGCGCAUGGAAGAAGCACGAGGAUUGUCGAACAGUCGCAACCUUCCUGGUGCCAUCGAACUCCUGCUCAAAAAUACCGAUUCCAAGAUGAGGCAGGUUACUGCCCUCAACAACUUCGAACUUUCACUCGAUACCAUGUAUGUCGGCCAGUUCGAGGCUAUGCGCGACAACUUCAUCCGCUGCACUGAGUUAAACGACUGGAGUCACUCGCUCUACUUCUUCCUCGCGGGGUGUGCUGAGCUCGAGCUCUAUCGCAAUGCAUUCCAUGCUGAACCGAAAGACGAGGUACAGAUCCGUCUGCACAAGACGAAAGCGGAAGAGCUCUUCCUUAAAGCACCAACUUUGGCAGGUAAGAAGAAACUCAUGUCGCGACCACUACCGUUUGAGGAGUUCGUCCGCAGAAAGGUUCAGAAAUGGGACAAGCGUAGUGUUGACAUGAAGAUAUCUCUGGUCGAUGCUGUUGGCACAAGUCCGCUGCAGGAGAUGGUGUAUCUCUGGAAUGGUAUCAAGAAGAUGCAGCCUGUGGAGCUGGAACGUGCUGUUGGUAUGCUAAGCUGGACUCGCCUGACUGCACCGGAAGAAGCUGCCAAGAAGAUCAAGGCCGAGAAUGAUGAGAUCGCUGUAUCGGAUGUUUGUCUAGCUGCGGCCUACAGAGCGCUAGGGAGACUGGACGAUGCCACAGAUCUCUUGAAGACGGUGCUCGCCAUUGAUAAAUCCGCAUUUGACGGCAAGAUCCACGAUGACUGGGCACAGCCGGCAGCUGCUUAUGAGAUGGGCGUCUUGGCAUGGGUAGAAGUAGAGCAACCCGGGUUGAGGAGGCCUACAACAUCAUCAAGAAAUGCAAACAAAACAGAUAUAGAUGUGUGGCGUCGCAAGAAGACAGACGAGUGUCAGAACUGGUUAGACAAGUGCGCAGCCUGGGGAAGCUACAUAUUAGACGCCAGGAUAGGCAUGAGGGUUCAGACCGGUAUGGACACGCUGAGAUGGUAUAAGAGGACUAUGGGGUGGAGUUCUGUAUAA